AUGGAUCCAAAGCUUCAGGCUUCCAUCUCCGAGCUCCUCAGCGUCUUCGCUGCUCCCGAGCAGCUACCGGGCUUGGAGGUCCUCUCCGCCAGCUGGGAGCGUGGUGAGACACAAAAGGACCCAAACGGCGACGCUCCGCCAAAGAAGCGGAAGCAUGAAGCCGAAGCGUACCAGGCACAACUUUUCACAGAUCUCCAGCGAUGGCUCGCAGAGGACUCUGCCCGUUUCGCGAAGCUGCUGACGCCACUCUUGGAGGCCUUCGUGCUGGGACUCCGGCGGCAGCGGCUACAGGAGCAGAAUCGCAAGGAGUGGCAACGGAAGGCAGAGGGUAUCGAUGAAAAAGCGGCCGCGGGCGCCCAGCGGACGCCGAAAGAGUUUUUGAUCUUCGACCAGUUCUGGAAGGCCCUGAAGCCUCAGCUGCGAGGCAGCGAAUGCCCGCGCCUAGCGCUGCAAAGCUUCGGCGACCUUUGGCGCGUUGUGCGUCGCCACAACCUCUAUCGCCCGCGGGAAGAUCCUUGUGGGCGUCAGAGCAAAGCUUUGGGAGGUUCUGUGGCUCUGCUCCUGAAGCGGCUGCAGACUGGAGCCCCGCACGAAGAUCUGUCCUGGGCCUGCCUGGAGGAACUGCUGGCACUUGAUGUGGCUCCGUUUGAGUCCAGGUUGCCGGCCCUUUGGGCGGCGGCGCUGCGCGGGAGCGCUGGCGCGCCAUUCGGUGCAGCGCUGCUUCGGAGCUAUGCAGCGAUCUCCGACUUGCCUGCCUGUUUGGAAGCCCUUGUGCAGGCACUGCUCAAAGAAGGAGAAGAUUGCAAAGCCGAUCUCGUGGACUCUCCGACCUUCCUCGAAGGCCUGGAAAAGGCGGCAAGCCAGCUGUCGACGCCGCAGCAACUGAGAGGUGCAUGGGAGCUGUUCCUCCAGCACUUGCCGAAAGAUCAGGUGCCCGUCUCCUGGGCGCCUCGUCUCCUCGGGCACCUGUCUGCCGGCCUGCAGCCAACGGAGCUGACCCUCGAACCACUACGAGAGCUUUUCAUGGAGACCUUCAGCCGUGUGGAAGGUUUUGAGCCGCCACCGCGCUGGUUGCAUAGCUUGCUGCUCUCAUUGUGCCGACUUGGCCGCAAGAUCUCCGCCUUCGAUCUUCCACCACUGCUCCAGAAAGCUUCUCCCGUUGCGGCGAAGACGCUGAAGGGCUUGGAGCAGCUGGCAGCUACGGCACUCCAGGAGUCAGAAGCCACGGAUGAGCAGGCCGAGGCUGCUUCCGUCCUGCUGGCGGCCUUGCAGGACCACCAACAUGCUGCGCGGAAGAAGAGGCGAAAACGCUCAGCGCCCGAGGUGGCUCGCAGCUUGCUGCAGAUGAAGGCUCAUGGCGGAAGGCUGCAGCUGCUGGCGCCGACACUCGCCACAGUGCUGUCAGAGGAAGGCGAGGACCUCGAAAGCCUGGCAUCGCGGCUGACAAUUCAGGACAAAGUUGCCUGGCGUCAGCUCGGUGCUUGUGCCUUCAGUGGCACAAAGCUUCCGCCAAAGCUGAGCUGGUGCCAGGAUGGUGAAGCGCUGUUGGCGGCCCCUGCACUGCGGGCACCGCUGCUGCGUUCCCUCGCCGAGCGUCUGCAGGAGGCUCUUCGUGACGACGGGCACGAAGAGAAGAAGCCCAAAAAGCGCAAGCAACCGGCUCCGCCUGGGCGUCAUGAGAUGCUGCAAGGCGUCCUGACUGCUGUCUAUGCGACCCGGGCAGUAUCGCUGCGGGAUCUUCCGACAGACCUCACCGUCCAGCUGAUGGAAGGCCACCUGGAGGCCCUUCGAGCUGCAGUUUCGGCUCCCGCUGCCCUGCGAGCUCUGGCGCUCAGGUGUUUCGGCAGCCUUCUUCACAGGACAGCGACGCUACUCGGCUCCACGCAACCGGCCCUCUCGGAGGCCGUUGCCAAGGUCGUGCAGAGCGGCCCCGUUCUGACAGACUUGGCAUCUCGACUUGCCGACGACGAGGCAUCCGUCGCCAGUGCUCUGGCGGCAGCCUUGGCCGAGUUCCUGAGACUGCGCCCGGGCGAGGCCUUCGGCGCAGCCGCGCGCCGGAGGCUUGCGGCGGCCACGGCGGCUGCAGUAGCGGGCGACAGUGCAGUUCUGGACGAGGCUGGGCAGAAGGCGGUGGUGGCAUUGCCACCGCCUGCAGAGCUCCUGCAGAGUGGAGGCUCCCUUCCGAAGCGACUGCAGCUCUUCGAAGCCUUCCUUGCCGAGGGCUCCAGGCAAUCGUCUCCAUUGGACCGCAGCAUCGAGAUCACCAUCCGCGAGGAUGCAGAGCGCGGAGAUGCAAAGUCGGGAUUGGAGAUGGCCCUGGCCCUUCUAGCAGAGGAGGUGUCCCGAUUGACGCGGUUGGGUCGUCAUGCAGCCGAUAGCGCUUCGAAGCGGAGGGCCAUCCUCGUCGCUUUGGAGCAAGUUCUUCCACAUCAAGGGACGACGCUGCGGCUUCGGCUCGCGGCAUCCCGGCUGCUUCGCCGUCUUUGCGAUGCCUUCGGCCAGGGGGACGACCGCGAGCUUUGGGACCACACGGCGGCACUGCUGCUUUCAUGGACAGAGUACCUCGCAGGGCAGGCUGAUGUAGCGGCGGUCUUCGAAGACGAGGGGCUUGCCGGAGGUGCUGAGAGCUUCAAAGCACUUGCCAAGGCGCCGGGGGGGUCUGCCGAGGAUUUGCUGCAGAGGAUCUGCUUUCGUAUCAGUUCUCGGUCUGCCAAAGAGGGCCCCGCCCUGGCCACCCUGGGCUCUGCAGCCGCUGCACUUCUCUCUGGGCUGCCGAGGACGCCAGCUCUCCCGGACGCCGUGAUCGGGGAUGCGGCCGCCGCGGCGCGGCGUCUCCUGGGCUCCGCUGAGGAGCCGGGUGCGCCAGCAGAGCACUGCACCGCUCUCCAUGUCUCUGCCUCGAAGAUGACGCGAGCACUUUACGUUCAUUUGGCGUCCCCUUUGAUGGCUUCGGGGCGUCACCGCCGACUUCCGCACAAGCAUUUGGCCGAUCUGGAAGGACAACUUCUGGAGACCGCCGCAUGCACCGCGCGGGCUGCAGUCGCACGAGGUUUCCCUGCAGACUCCACGCCGGCCGGGGCCAGUGCCUUUGCGGUCCUGCAAGUUGCAGCCAACUCUCUCCUCAAGGCCAUCUUCGCGGCUGUUCCUUCAGAGGGGGUGCGCCUCCCCGCAUGGACGGAGAGGCCGCAUUUGCUUGCGGAAGCCUUCAGGCCAAUGUUGGAAGCAGUUUACGCUGCACCCAACGGCACGGCUGCUGUGCAAGCCGCCGGGGAUGUGACCCGACUUUGGGAGGUUCUGAGUCAGGGCGGAAGUCGCUCCACAGCGGCCUCUGCUGGGCGAUCAGGCCAUACCACCUUCCAGGCGCGAGUGCAGCGAGCCACCAUGGGCUUCGCAUUGCCCUUGAUCGCACAUGCACUUUCCUGCGAGCGUCACUUUGCCGGUGUGGAGGCUGCAGCGCGACGCGUCGGUGCUGCUCGUGACGAGGAAGCCGCAAAGUGGAAGGAAGCAGUAUCUAUUCUUCAGGAGGGCCAAAGCUCUUUGCUGAACUCGGUCAAAGGUGCCGAGAACCUCCUGCAGGGCCUUUACGCCACUCUCCGGGAGCCGCUAAGAUCCAUGUUCAAGGAGCUGCACCAAAGCUGGCAGAAGCGCCGCUACCAAGGAGAAGCAUGA